GGACAUGCGCCCGAAGUCAAGUUGCCCAAAAGAAAGCAGAAGACGAUCAGCCGACCUUCAACCCGACGCGAGAGACGUUUGUUGCAUCAUCGAGCCGCCGAGAAGCGAAACGGGAAGUCUGAAGGCAUCGAGCCCCCUCGCCGUGUCGCCGCUUCCUGUCUUCGCUCAGUCACUCUGCGCCUCGACGAUGGCCGUCGCGCUCGUCUUGCUGCUCGCCGCCGUGGCGACGGACGCCGUUUUGCCGCCGCGCGCGCACGUCUCCUUCGUCUUCGACUCCCCCGACAGGCCGCUGGUGCGCUUCCCGCUCGUCGACGUCCGCAACUGUACCUCGCUGUUGCUAAGCGACGACCGGGACACGCUGUACGUGGGCGCGCGGGACGCCGUGCUCUCGUUGGACGUGAGCGGCGGCGAAGUCAUCACGCUGAAAAGGAAGGUGAGUGGACGCCGCGGGCGGCAGUCGGUCCCGCGGUGCCCGAAUGCAGCGUGUCGCACCCCGUCCGCAGGUGUCCUGGCCUCCGACCGACUCGGACGUGGACGACUGCCGAAGGAAAGGGAAGGACGCCGCGGACUGCGGAAACUUUGUGAGCGUGUUGCAGCACCUGAACGCCUCGCACGUGUACGCCUGCGGCAGCUUCGCCUUCGCCCCGAGCGACACCUUCCUGGACGCCAACACUCUGGCCAUGACCCCCCCGCGGGCCGCCCGAGGUCGCUGCCCGUUCAGCCCGACCCAGAGGAGCGCCGCACUCGUCGCGGACGGCGAGCUGUUCACCGCCGCCGCCAACGACUUCAAGGGCGUCACGCCGCUCAUCGCGCGCCACUUCAGCAAAGACGGGCGCCCGGACGUCAUUCAGGACUCGUCGCCGAUCCUGCUGGAAGGUGCCUCCUCCUCCUCCUCCUCCUCCUCCUCCGCCCGCGCCCGCUCAGGCGUCGCUCGCGUGGCUGCCACCCUCACUUCCUGUUUUCAGAGGCCGACUUCGUGGGUUCCGCGUUGGACUCCGCCCGAAGGAAAGUCUUGUUCUUCUUCAGCGAGCCGGCGAACGAGUUCAACGUCGAGGAGCGGCCGCAGGUGGCGCGCGUGGCCAGCGUCUGCCAGGUGGUCGCGGCACCCACGCACGCACGUCAACACCAAACACGUGUGCGGCACGCACGCCGACCACGUCCUCUUAGCUGCGCGGCACCCGUCGGCCAGGACGACGUGGGCGGCGCGCAGAUCCUGCAGAAGAAGUGGACGUCGCUGGUGAAGACCACGCUGCGCUGCCUGACGCCCUUCCGCGUCCUGCGCGACGUCUUCGCCCUGGCGCCGCCGGAGGGGGCGGAUGCCGCCCACACGCUCUUCUACGCCAUCUUCGUCUCGCAGUGGUCUCUUCGCUCCGAGUCGGCGGUGUGCUCCUUCCGGCUGGCGUCCCUCAGGGCGGCUUUCGCCGGCUCCUACAGGAGCUUCGACACCGCCGCGCACCUGUGGAGCCCCCUGCUGGCCAAGAGCUCCUACUUUGGUCAGUGCGGCCUGGAGGGGGCGCCGCAUGCCAACUUGGAGGAAGUGAAGCGGACCUUCCUGACGGGCGGCCCCGUGGCUCCGGAGACGGGCGGCCCCCUGGUGGUCUCCGCCCACCUGCGCUACAGUCGGGUGGCGGCCAUGAGCGUGCGGGGGGCAGACGGGCGGCGCCACCAGGUCCUCUUCCUCCUCACGGAAAGUGGACUCCUGCACAAAGUGUUUCUGUCUGCACGGGGUCCACGGCUCAUUGAGGAGAUUGCGGUGUUGGAGAGCGGCGAGCGCGUCACGGCCUUCGUGUUGUCGACCGCCAAGGGCCUGGCGUUCGUCGGCUCGUGGCGCGCCGUCACCGCCGUGCCCGUCGCUCGAUGCUCCGCCCACGCCACCUGCGGACGCUGCCUAUUGGCCAGAGACCCUCUCUGCGGCUGGAGCCAAAGCAGGAAGCUGUGCGCCCGCUUGGAGCGGGAACAACCCAAAGAAGACAAAGAACACCUGGUUCAACUGCUGGAGGGUGGCGACGUGGCGAAGGAAUGUCGCGGAGAAGGCGGCACCCGUCCCGUCAACAAUGUGGUGGCGCGCGCCAAUGAGGUCGUCAAACUUCCGUGCGACAAACCUUGGGAGUCGUCUACGCUGACGUGGACGUCGUCGCGAUUCCGAGUCCUCCCGCCGCAUCUUUUCAUCCGGUCGGACGACGGCAGCCUGAACUUCUUGGCCAGCGGGGACACCGUGGGCACGUACCGCUGCCAGGCGGAGGAAGACGGCUACGCGGAAACGGUCGCCGGCUAUGACGUCGUUCAGUCGGGCGCGCCGCGUUCCGUGUGCGCCGAUUGCGCCGCGGGAGUCCCGGCGGAGUCGUCCUCCCCGCCGACGGCGCUCUGCGAACGGCGGGACUCCCGGGGCAGGCCGGUGGGCGUGGCCCUGGUGACGGCCACCUGCGUCUGUUUCCUGAUGUCGGUCGCCAUCCUGGCGUGCGUCCGCAGGAAGUCCGCCGCUCGCCACGAGGGUCCGCCCCGCGCCCAGGAAGGCAAAUGCGAGUUCGGAGUUUCAGAGCCGAGGGUGGAGCUACGACAGCUGACCGACACGCCCACUUAGCUUAGUUUAGCAACGUUAGCGUGAUGAAGCUGAACUUGAAAUCUUUACUUUUCAUUGUGAUUGCUGAAAUGUGUCAAUAAUGAUGAUUAUUAAAUCA